AUGUUAGAGAAUCAAAUAGCUCAACAGGCUAGCUCUUCAAAUAGUAAUGCUUUUGGGAAUAGCCAACCUGAGAAUCCAAGGGAGCAGUGCAAUGCUGUUACUUCAAGAAGUGAAAAUGUAAUGGGGGAAGAACACGAAAUUGAAGUAAAGUUGCAAGAAAAGAAAGAUGAGUGUGAGAGUGAAUCCACUUCAACUAAAGCUAAAGCUAGUAAGGAAGCAAAUGAAGAGAAAGAAGAUAAAAAGAAAACAGAGGAGAAAUAUGUGCCUCCUGCAUCGUACAAGCCACCAUUGCCCUUUCCUCAGAGGGAGAUUUUAUCAAAUAAAAGAAGGUUGGAAGAUUAUGAAACUGUUGCACUUACCGAGGAGUGCAGUGCUAUAUUGCAGAAUAAUUUCCCACCUAAGCUGAAAGAUCCUGGAAGUUUUUCCAUACCAUGUCACAUUGGAGAAACAAGUAUUAAGAGAGCAUUAUGUGACUUGGGAGCUAGUGUUAGCUUGAUGCCACUUUCCAUAUGUGAGAAGUUAAAGGUUGGAGAUCUAAAGCCCAUAACUAUUUCUUUGCAGUUAGCUUAUAGAUCUAUAAAGUAUCCAAUUGGGAUUUUAGAGAAUGUACCAUUAAAAGUUGGGAACUUUUUCAUUCCAGUGGAUUUUAUUGUACUAGAGAUGGAGGAGGAUGUAAGAAUGCCCAUCAUACUUGGAAGGCCAUUUUUAGCCACUGCAGGAGCUAAUAUAGAUGUAAAGAAUGGGAAAUUGAAGUUGAUAGUGGGGGAGGAGGAAAUAGAGUUUAAUUUAUUCCAACAUUCCAAGGAACCAGCUGUGAUGAAUUCUUGUUAUAGGGUAGAUGUUAUAGAGCAUGAUGGUGAAACUGAAGUUACUAAACUAGAGGAAAAUCAAGUUACUCCAAUGCAAUGCAAUCAGCAUAAAGUGUGA